AUGAAAAUACCAGAGACAUCGGCAAAUGUUGGAGCUUAUUAUGGCAAUGAAGAAAAUGGCCAGUGGCAACCAAACGGCGUGAUCAUAGACAGCGGAGUGGGUGGAGGUGUAGUGGGAAGCGGAGACGCAGGACACCGACCUGUAUACCCUGUUCACGUACCAAGGGGACAUAUACCUGGUCCAUACGUAAUGGCAGGAGCGUACUAUCCACCUGGAGCGUAUCCAGCACCUCAGGAUGACUUUGCUGAUUAUAUGUGGAUGGAGAAUGAAGAAGAGUUUGAUAAACAGGUAAUGCAACAAUUAGAAGAGGAAGCCCUUAUGGAGCAAUGUAUAGAGGCCAUGUUAGAGGACGAGCAGAGGGAACAGCGGCUCAGGCCUGUGUCAAACGGACAUAAUCAUUAUCCAACAACUAGCAAUGGUCAGGGGUCCCUAUCUCUGGAGGAAGCUGUAUCGAGAUCCACUUUGAACCCGUUAGCCGCUGAGUUUGUUCCAAACAGAGCGAGACAAGCAACAGAAGAGCCUCAAGAGACGACAGAAAGUAAAACGGAAGUUGAAAGUUCGAAAGAAACAAGCGAACAGACGGACCAACAAAGCAAACUUGACAGCAAAGAAGAUGUAAAAGCUGAAGAACCACCACAACCCACCGAUCCACCAGAAGUCAGCGCAGCAGAUGUGCAACCAAUAGAAGAUAAGAAGCAAAAAGAAGUAAAGAAAGACACAAAGAAGCCAGAAGUGAAAAAGGGUGUGAAAGCAGAAGUGAAGAAAACGAAACCUAUUCCCGUGAAAGAAACGAAAACGCAGAAGAAAAAAGAAGAAAAAGUUAAAAAAGAAGAGUGUAAAGAAGAACCUAGUGGGGAUGUGAAGCAAACAUCACCAGCUCCAGAAGAAACUUCUCAAUCGGGAAUCAAACCUAUAAAUUACGCGGCCGCCGCCAAAGCAAUGAAACCCAAAAAACCAAUGUCCCCUACAAACCAAUUGGAACCACCCACAGAGAAACCAAAAGCAGAGAAACUGAAAGCGGAGAAAGUUGAAAAGAAAAUGGUGAAAGACAAGCCUAAAGUUGACAAACCUAAUGUACAAAGAAAGAAUUCAGCAAAA